CUCGUCGUUAUUUUCCGGAAGAUCUCGCGCCACACCGAGCACCUGACUGCUCUUGUUACACACAGUCUGUAAAAUGAAGCGGACAUAUUUCAUUUGGCCAUCAACGCCUUUCACGAAGAAGCGGAACUGCUGCGGUGUGCCUUCUUCCGGCUUGUGUUUGUGUUGAAGGGCGGUGGACAGCUCGCUGUCAUGAAGCCAUCGUCGGAACCGCUCGUCACCGUCCGUUGAAUGAAUGGCGAAGAAGAGCCUUGCUGCGAAAGGAAAAAAGGACGGAAUAUAUAUUUUUUUAAUGUUACACAUUGUAAAGGACUGGUGGUAUUUAUUAUAACGUUACGUCACUAUGUCCGUUGCUAGGGGACACAACACCUGCUAAUGAGGAUGCACCUAGACUAGUGUGCUACUGACUAAAACGAGGUUAAAUGGAAAACAUGUUCUGUCCUAUACUAAAAACUGUAAACAUAAUGCAUAUUUGUGUGCAGCGCUGCUUAUUAAUGCCACUUUAAAUGCUGGACCUCAAAAUGAAAGAGACAUGUCGCAUCUGCGGGCGAGAUCUCUACGGCAACCAGCGCCGAUGGAUCUUCCACCCCACCGCCAAGCUCAACCUGCAGGUGCUACUGUCUCACGCCCUCGGCCAGGAGCUGACCCGGGACGGGCGUGGGGAGUUCGCCUGCUCCAAAUGCGCCUUCAUGCUGGACCGCAUGUACCGCUUCGACACCGUGAUUGCCCGCGUGGAAGCCCUCUCCAUCGAGCGGCUGCAGCGGCUCCUGCAAGAGAAACACCGGCUCAGGCAGUGCAUCGGCGGCCUGUACAAGAGAACUAACUCUUCGGAGAGCGCCCUCGUGUCCACUGAGGAUGGAGAACCAUCGGGGGAUGGGAUGGUGGACAUUUCAGGCCUUACUCAUGCCAAAUAUUGUGCUCUGCUCCAGGAAGACCUAGUGUACUCUUUGUAUGAGUCCUGGGCGGAUGAUAGCAUAGAUUGCCACCAUCAGCACCAGUCUUCUGCUGGCCCCGGGUCAGAGGUGACAGGAUCUUACCGUUGCACUCCUCGGAGGUGCCGCGGUUGUUCCCAUUUGCGCGUGGCAGACUCUGACUAUGAAGCUGUUUGUAAGGUGCCCAGGAAACUGGCACGGAGCACCUCCUGUGGCCCCUCCACUAGAUAUUCAGCCAGUGUCAUUGGAGGUAGCGGCAGUGGUCCAGAAGUAGAAGAGAAAGGAAACGUGGAGGAGCAAGAUGAACCGCCUUCCUCUCUGACCCUGGUUCCUGGCUCUCAGGAUGUGUCAAGGACUUCAGAUAGCGACCGCACGCUAGCCGGACGAGCAAGCUCCAGCCCCUCCAUCGCGUCCCUGGAGACAACCGAAGACUAUGUUCAACCUGAAAGCACAACAGAUGAGCUAGUACAAGAGCAGAUAUCUGACUCCCCCUCUGAGGGCGCUCCACAAGGCCAUUCCUCCCCUGCACCAAACCUGUCCUGGGCCCUCUGUUUGCUACAGAGCUUUGCCGUCCACCGGCCGGCCCCGAGUGCCAAGGGCAGUAAACUCCCUGUGCUGCUUCGACGGACCACCAAUCACCUAAAAUUUGACUUCCCUGAUCCAAUUCUGGGACUGGACUUUGAAACUCCUGUUGCUGAGAGAUUGAACCAUGUGCCAACACCUGAGCUGGAGGUGCCUCUGAUCCAAUUGGAUGUCGGGGAGGACCAGGAUCUUAACCUGGCUAAUUUGGACGACUGUUUGGAGGAUGUUUACAAAGAGUAUCCUACUCCAAAGCCGCACCAGAACCUUGUUGAGGAGCAGCAGAGCCAGCUGAACCAGUAUGAGUGUGCAGCCAGCCAGUGCGUCAGCGAGCUGCAGAAGGCCCAGCUGCAGGUCCAGUCCCUGCAGGCCAAGAUCCACGAGAGCGAGGCCAACAAUCUGAAGCUGCAGGAGAAGCUGAGCGAGAUGGAGUGUGAGCUGCGAUCCCUCCGCCAGGCCGCUCAGAGCCAGGAAAGGACCAUCCAGGACCUUACGGAGUCCAUCAGCACCAAAGACACCGAGGCCCAGGAGCUCUAUCAGCUGAUCGAGGGACAGAACUCGACAUUAUAUAAGCUGCGAGAGAUAGCCCACCGCAACCAGCUCGCACAAAGCAAGGCUCCAGAGGGGGUCAGCGAGUCAGCGACACUUGCCCAGCUGCAGGGAGAGCUUGUGGGAGUGCAGAGCUCCCUCUUCUCCCUUGGGCUGGAGCUGGAGGCCAGUCAAAGGAGCCUCCGCCAGUGCCAGAGGCAAGGUGACGAUCUGGUUUGCUCCAAAGACAGACUCACCGCUGACCUCCAGGAGGCGCUGCAGCACCGGGAAGAGACUGAAAAACACAAUCAGGACCUGUGCUGCACCCUGCAGAAGAUUCGCUCCGAGCUGCAGGCGAAAGAAGCGGCUCUGAAGGAGGCCGAGGCAGAGAGACUCACCGCGGUGCAGGAAAACGAGAGAAGCGUCGCACAGCUGAAACACUCUCUGCAGGAAAAGGAGCGACAACUACAGGAGUACUCAGACAUGCUGGAGACACCAGCAAGCUCCAAACCAAGAGACGCACUGUUGGAGAAACUAAGAGAGCGCAUAAAGGAGCGAGACAGAGCUUUGGAGCGCUCCAUCGAUGACAAGUUUCACUGCCUGGAUGAGCGUGAGGCUCAAGUGAGGACGCUACAGCUCGCUCUAAAGGAGAAGGAACGAGACCUGGACAGGCUCAGAUGCAUCCUGUCCAACAACGAGGAGACGAUCACGAGCCUGGACGGUUUGGUGCGAGGGAAAGAGCUGGAGCUGGAGCAAGCUGCCGAGGCCUACAGGAACCUCCAGUGGUUAAAGCAGCAGAGCGAGGAAAAAGAGAGAGGCACUUUGAGGGAGAAGGACACCAUCAUCAACCAGCUACACGUGGCUCUGCAGGCUCGCAGCAACGAAACACAGGAGUUGACGGCAGCACUGGUUGCUAGAGUUCAGGCUGGCCCCACCGAGGUGGUGGAGGAGCUGAAGGCUCGGCUGCAGCUGAAGGAGAAGCUCUUCCAGGAGUUGCUGUCGGACCGCAGCCGCCAGUCGAAUGAACACCAAACGCAGGUGGCGGAUCUACUCAGCAACCUCAGCUCCAAAGACCAAUACCUGCAGGACAAUUCGUACAGGCUGUCAUUGGUGAUAGGCGAGCGCACCAAUCAGCUGCAAGAGUUGCGCAGGCAGCUGUCGCUAAGGGAACAGGAGCUGAGUGAGGUCAGAAGAGACAAAGAGAUGGAGACGGGAGGAGACGUGCAGCAUCUACAAAGUCUCCUCCGAGAGAAGGAAGCCUUCAUCAAGGAGUUGAUGGGAAACCAAGAGGAGGCGAUGCUGCAGUCAUCACCAGAGAGCGAGGCGGAGAUGAAGGUUCUCCAAGAAGAGCUGCAGUUAAUGCUAAAGAAGGACAAGGAAGCCCAGAAGGAGCUCUCUGACCUGCGUUCCUCUUUAGCCGCCAGGCAGGCCAACGCAUCUUCCCCGACAGAAAGCAUUGAUCACCAACGUGUGCUGGAGCAGCUGGUGUCCGAGUACCACAAGCUGAACGGUGCCCUGAGGGCCGAGAAGAUAUUGUACCAGAGCCUCAUUCACUCUAACAGUGACGGCAGCAGUUCAGAGAAGACACUGGCCCUCCACACGCAACUCGACUCGGUCCAAGCGCUCCGUGGACAACUGGACGACAUCCUGACUCGCACUCAGAACACGGCCCUCCAGCUGGAAAGGGCCGCUAAAAGGCAGCCUGACUUAGGAGAUCACAGCUCAGAAGAGGAGGAGAAGGUAGAGGAGGGGGACGAUGAAGACGGCAGCAGUGAUGAGUUCACAGACAGCAUAGAGGAGGAGGAUAAAUGGACGUCUGCCAGUUUGGCUUCCAAUCAGGCGUCAGAAAGGCUGUGUAGACUGGAAGGUGGCCUGGCCACGCAGACGGACGUUCAUCAGACGUUUGAACUGGAGCUAAAAGAAAUCAAGUGGCAGCUGCAGCGGGACGGAUACGCCUCAGUGGACCACAUGAGGAGCGCACUGCAGAGGCUUCAGAAGGAGAACCAGUUCCUGAAAGUACACCAGGAAGUGACGACGGACAAUCACAGCUGGGAGGAAGAUGACGACACCGAGGAGGACGACAUGGAAGACGAUGACAAGGGGUUGGAGCGUGUUAGCGAGGCAGAGCAGGAUCUCCAACAGCAGUCGGCACGACUUUGCUCCGAGAACCAAGAUCUGCAGGAGAGGCUGAUGGUGUCCGAGGCUACCGUCCACGCUCAGGCCGAGCAGCUGAAGGACCUGAUUACUGAGACGUCGGUGCAGCAGGCCAGUAAGCAGGUCCAGGUGGAUCUGCAGGAUCUGGGCUACGAGACGUGCGGUCGCAGCGAAAACGAAGCGGAGAGGGAGGACGCCAGCAGCCCGGAGUUUGACGACCUGGAGAUGUGCACGUCGCUGUCUCACCAGCAGGACUUCCAGGGCGUGGGCGGAGGCUGGUACAAGGGUAACGGAGGAGGAAAAAAUGGAGGCUUCUGUGAUGAAAUAGGGCAUGAGUCACCUCUGCAGCACUUGGUCCAAGAUCUGCGCUCUCAGCUGACCCGCUGCCACAAAGUGAUACGUGGGCUUCAAAUGCGUGUGCGCUCGCUCUCGGCCACCAGCGACUACGCCUCCAGCCUGGAGCGGACCCCCCGCAAGGUAAACUGGGCGUUUGAGAUGUCCCCCGCGCAAGGUGGCGCGGAGGAGGACGAAGGCUGGGUGUCCGACACCCAAGGCACUUCAUCCAAGUCCAAGCCUGGUCGCGACCUGCAGGAGCUGAUGGCACGUGUGGCGUCACUGGAGGCACAGCUGAAGAGCUCCAAGAUGGAGGAGAAGGGUUCCGCGGAUGAAGAGAAAUGUGCAACUUGGCCUGGGAAGUACAACUCCCUCAUCCAAGCCCAGGCUCGUGAGCUCUCCCACCUGAGGCAGAGGAUCAGAGAAGGCCAAGGAGUCGCCCAAAUCCUCAGCCAACAUCUGGGAGACACCACCAAGGCGUUUGAGGAGCUGCUGCGGGCCAACGAUGUGGACUACUACAUGGGUCAGAGCUUCAGAGAUCAGCUGGCACAAAGCUCGGCGUUGGCUCAGCGACUGCUGGCCAAGUUUAGCGGACGGGGCGAGAGCCACGAUGACAAGACGGAAUUGCUCGCCAUGCAGCUGAGCAAGGAGCUUCAGCAGAAAGACAAAAUAAUCGAGUCGCUGCACAACAAACUUCAGCUCCAUCCCGGGACGCCGUCCAGCUGCCAAGCCCUCUCUGAGACCACCGACCACUCGGACCGGACCUCCCUCGUGUCCGACGAGUGUCCGACCAAUGAGGACGUGGAUCUGUGCUCCGACUUGGACGCCGCGGAUUAUCAGGAGGAGCAGCGGCGGUUUCACGCAUCAGAACAAGAUGCCCGCCCAUCCAUCCCUCUUCCUCUUCCUCCUCCUGACCCCCUCAAGUCAUCCCAAAGCUGUCCCAGCAAGUUUUACUCAGCAUCCUUCAGAGCCCCCCUCAACAGUGCACCCGUCUCCUUUCCCUUACUUCCCCCUCGUCACUUCUGGGGUACGGAGGUCCCAUGUGACCCCCGGUCCGGGAUGGCGGCUCACCCUGAGCUGGACACACUGUACAAAGAGAUGAAUGGGCAGAUCAGGGGUUUCCCAGGUCCUCAUUUCCCUCUCUCAACCGGUGCCCACAACCAGUGCGACCUCUCUGGCUACAGCCAGCUAUCCCAUCAUGCAUUUCAACAGUACCAGCUGGGAGGCGCUCCAGAAAGUCACCCGCCUAAGUCAGACCCCGGUCUCAUGACGGGAGGAGGGGCUUUUUGGGACAGGGACAACAUGACUCAUCCUCUUGGGAGCUACUCAGGUGUGCCUGGGCGUCACCUAGGAAACAACCAGACAGGGGGGAAUUUGAUAGAAGAGCACCUACUGGAGGUCAGGUGUCUCCGCCAGCGUCUGGAAGAGUCCAUCAGGACCAACGAGAGGCUCCGACAGCAGCUGGAGGAAAAACUGGCCAACGCUGGGCGUGAUGGAGGUGCACCAACAAACAUCUACAUCCAAGGUCUGGACACGGUCACUCAGCUGUCUAAUGAGAUCAGAGUCCUGACAGAAGAAAACCUGAGUCUCCAAUCCCGUCUGCAGGCCAGCACAGAGUCGUGCGAGGAGGUGAUCGCAGCACGCGCCCGCCUCAAGCAGGCCGAGCUGGAGGCGGAGCGGUGGAAGGAGGAGUUGAGACGACUUCAGGCGCACAGCGAGGAGCAGGGACAGCAGAUCCACUCCUUGAAGCAGGACAGGCAGGCCAGCCAGGAGAGUGUCAACAGAGUGCGGCAUGAGGUGACUCUACUGCAGCAGCAGCUGUGCGAGAGCAGGGAGCUCAUACACUCCCUGCAGAGCGAACUGCAUGUUUACGAUCGUGUGUGCUCUGGCAAUAAAUCCUCUAAAGGUUUUCUGUGUGAGAUCCCGGGCCUGCCCGUGGAGCUGGGGGAGCUCCUGGGCGAGGUGAGGAGUCUGCGGGCCCAGCUGCAGACCAGCGUGCAGGAGAACAGCGGCCUCAAGCAGCUGGAGCUCCACAAGCAGCUGGAGCAGAAGCUGGGUGGAGGCUCCCCUCGCACGCCAACCCUCUCGGCGUUCAGCGCCAGCCCUCAGAGAGACAACUUCUACAGGCGCCAGCUGCUGCUGCACGACCCAGCUCCAUCUCCACCCGUCAGGGACAUUGGUCUCUUUAACUGUGGAUCCCCUGGCGCCCCCUACUCAGACCUGGAUGACAGCCAUAGCACUGCCAACGACCCUCUCGAUCCCCACUCUGAGCUUGAAGGAGAAGCCCCCGAUGGGUCCUUUGCCCACCGCUAUGGCCGCCAUGCCGUCGGUCACGUGGACGACUUCACCGCUCUGCAGCAGCAGGUCCUGGAGGGUCGCAGUGUCGUGCAGCGCAUGGAGGCCACGCUGCACGCAUGCAUGAACCCACCCUCACCACUAGGGGGCAGCCACAAGCAGAACAGUGAGCUGUUUUUGGAGUACGUCAGCACCAAGAGUGUCCUGUCCAACACCAAGACUCUAAGGCAGAUUCUGGAGGAGUCAGCGUCUCUGCUGAAGAUGUUCUGGAGGGCGGCGCUGCCCAGCAGUGACGCCUCCAUCCCCAACCUGCAGAAGGAGCAGUCCUUGCAGGAGGAGAUCUUGUCCCUCAAGCUGCGCGUGUCUGAGCAGGAGGAGGUCCUGAAGGGGACCAUACAAAGGCUGAGGAGCACCAGCCGCACCAAGGAGAGCAUGGAGCAUUUUAUAGUCAACCAGUUGUCAAGGACUCGUGAUGUGCUGAAGAAAGCCAGGACAAACUUGGAGAAGAACGAGCUGAGACUUUCUUCUCUUAGCUCCUCCUCUCGCUCGCCCUCUGCUGCUACGAAGCCAGGAGGGGGUGCCAGAGAGCAGCCUGCUGCUGGCCUUCGGCUGAAGGCUGACAAGCAGCGUCCUGCGGCGAGGAAGCGCAGCAGCCAGUGUUUGCUGUAGAGGCCUCCUCCAUGCUACCACUUGUGACCUCCGCGUGUUUAAAAAGCCACGACCCUCCUGAUCUUCCAGCAGGCCUUAGCGAACAGACCCGUCCCAGCCCCCCAAAUCAGCAGUUUUUGAGUGUAACUGCCAGGCGGUGUGCCUGUGUGACAGAAGGUGUGUGAAAGGUGUCUCUGGUGGUGGCAGUGACAAGCUGGUGGAGCUGCUGGAAGAUGUGGCGCAUCUUCUUGCGAGAUGGGUGGAAAAAGGGUGUUUAGUGCAUGUUAGAAUGAGGUUAGCGAGAGGAAGGCUGCACUUGUCAUACAUCAAAGUGCAGCGUGUGAUCGAGGGCAGUUCACUCAAACUCACUGGCAUCCACAAUGUCUUUUCUUAGUUUCAUAUUCGCGGUGGAAGCUCAGCAGUAAUCAUCCACGCGUAAAAACCAGCAAAAGCCUCCAUUUUUACUCACCAGCUUCUUUUUUUUGUAUCGAUCUAAGAUGUGGACGUGGUCUGAACUAAGUACCCAAAACAGAACGGAGUGUUGGUACGAGCAUGUGCAAUAUAAUGCCCACCAUUGUUCUCACACUGGAGUGUUGCAUGAGAGUGCGUUUGAAAAGUAAACCUAAAAAAAUCAAAAGUUAUAGGACAGGAUAUUGCCAUGACUUGCCAAAGUUUGAAAUACACACCAUGGAUGUUCUAACUGUGGUGGUGCACAGGCUCCAUUUAGUUGAUGAGGAGUGGAGUGAAAUCAUACAUUUAUUACCAACCGAAGCCAAAUGAAAUGUUUUAACUGCGAGUACAAGAAACUAUGCCAUCAUAAAAGGUGGUACUUGCCAUGCAAACUACGUAUGAAGUAGUACUUGGUGUGAAAUGUACUGAGAACACUUGCCUUAACCGUGGGAAUGUACCUUCAGCAUACAGAGCUCUGCUUUGGGUUUUUCCCCAAUCCUGAUAUUCAUUUUGGACCAAAACGGACACAAAAAAGAUAAUACUUUAGUAAUGAUUGUACUAAAUAAUAUUGUCAUGGCUCAGUCAUACUUUGGCAGGCUGCUGGUGGGAUCAUUGUUCUGUACGUUUUGGUUGGUGUUCAUGCUUGUACAUGUGCCAUUGAUGCUGUAAAUAACUUGCUUUUAUCACUUUGGUGUGUGGGUGUGUGCACAAACGUUACAUUUGAGUUUUUUUGCAAACUUGGAACAUUUUGGGGUCGCUGUGCAAUAACUUUAGAUUGAUGUUAAACAUCACGCGUGUUGCCGCCAGGUGUUAUUUAUACGCAGUGUGUGUCACUCUACUAUGCCUUUUACCACGCCCACUUAUUUGGCAAGAGUUGUGUUGGUUGGCUUGAGAGCUGCUUCAGUGAGCGUGUGCCAAGUGCAAACCAAGCCUUAUUGUUAGUGUUUAAGAAGGGAAUGAAAGAGCGGAUGUAUAUACAGUACAGUACAGUAGUGUUGCUGCAGCUUUUUACACGGCUAGAAAGAGAAAGCUUUGUUUUGCUUAAUGAACUAGAAAGCCGAUGCAGGACUCAUCUACUCCUUUACAUGUGUCCUGUCUCUGAUGACACUUAACUGUGUGUUGUGUUGCCAAAAGUAUUAUUUUUCUGGGGGGGGAAGAAACAAUAAAAUGUUUUAAAACGAA